AUCAUCAGAGAAGAUGACAGUCACUUACUCCAGUAAAGUUGCAAAUGCUACCUUCUUUGGCUUUCAUAGACUGCUUCUCAAAUGGAGAGGAAGCAUCUACAAACUGCUAUACAGGGAAUUCCUUCUCUUUGCUAGUCUUUACACAGCAAUAAGUAUAUUAUACAGAUUUUUUCUUACAGGAAGCCAAAAAAGAUACUUUGAAAAACUUUCAUUAUACUGUGACAAAUAUGCUGAACAAAUCCCAGUAACUUUUGUGCUUGGGUUCUAUGUUACAUUAGUAGUGAACCGAUGGUGGAACCAAUUUGUCAACUUGCCAUGGCCAGACAGAAUUAUGUUCUUGAUCUCCAGUACUAUUGAGGGAAGAGAUGAAUAUGGCCGCUUACUUAGAAGAACUUUAAUGCGUUAUGUGAAUUUAACAUCCCUCCUCAUCUUUCGUUCAGUGAGCACAGCUGUCUACAAAAGGUUUCCAACCACGGACCACAUAGUAGAAGCCGGUUUUAUGACAGCAGAGGAAAGGAAACUAUUUGAUAAUCUUCAAUCUCCCCAUCUUAAAUACUGGGUCCCAUUUGUCUGGUUUGGAAAUUUAGCAUCUAAAGCACGAAAAGAUGGAAGAAUCAGAGACAGUGUAGAUUUACAGACACUGUUGAAUGAGAUGAAUAGAUACCGGUCAUGGUGUAGUCUGCUAUUUGGUUAUGACUGGGUCGGAAUUCCACUAGUGUACACACAGGUUGUCACACUGGCUGUCUAUACCUUCUUCUUUGCAUGCCUGAUAGGACGUCAGUUUUUGGAGCCUGACCAGAACUAUCCAGGUCAUGAUUUAGAUCUUUACAUUCCAAUCUUCACAUUGUUACAGUUUUUCUUCUAUGCAGGAUGGCUAAAGGUUGCUGAGCAACUUAUCAAUCCAUUUGGUGAAGAUGAUGAUGAUUUCGAAACAAAUUGGUGCAUUGAUAGAAAUCUGCAGGUAUCACUUCUGGCUGUUGAUGAAAUGCAUAUGAAUUUACCAAAAAUGAAAAAAGAUAUUUACUGGGAUGAUUCUGCAGCCCGCCCUCCAUAUACACUUGCAGCAGCAGAUUACUGCAUUCCAUCUUUCCUUGGAUCUACUAUUGAAAUGGGUCUGGCUGAUAGCCAGUUUCUCCGUGGAGACAACUGGAUCUAUGAUGAUGAUAAACCCAAACGGCAGCAUUCUAUGCUGAGAAAAGUGAAGAGAUUUCUGAGUGUCCGUGAAGAAUCCCCCACACCAACCAGGAGGGCCUACCAAAGGCAGUCAAGUGAGAAUUCCGUUUUUUUCCCAUCUCAUGAGAUGCGGCACAUUGGCAAUUUACAAGAAAUGCACUCUAGAGCUAGACUUUUAAGCUCACACAAUAGGAAAGACAAUGAAUGGCCUGAUAAGCAUGCCAGGAUGCCUGAAGGCAUUGAUCUAGGGAUCAUCAGAGAAACUAGCAAGAAUGAACCCACGGAGAUAUGCUAUCAGUCCAGUCUGGAUGAGAACGAAUCCAAAACGGACUCAUCAGUCUCAGAAAAUAUUUUUAUUGUAACAAAGGACAAUGAAUCCAGAUUGGAUUCACAAAGAGACAAUAACACUAAUGUCCUGACAGAAGAGGAUUCUGGAAGUCAAAGUGAAUCAGACCCUGACUCAAAAGGAAUGACAUUGAUCCUUUGUGGGUCGCACACCACUCCUGCAGAUUCUCCAGUGUCUCCUUCAGAAGUGGUUUCACUUCAUAUGGACCCAGAACCAGAGGAUUCAUCCACAAGCAUAACAGACAGAAAGCCAUCGGACUUAUUUCAAAGUACAGCAUCUGGCAACAUCCCAGAUAAUCAAAUAUGGAGAUUUCCCCAUUUUCAGAUAUCCCCUAUGGUAUCCAACACAAAAACUGCACCUGUUUUAACAGAGUCUGGAACACCCUUUGGAAAAAGUCACAUAAACACUGAAAGCAAUCCAAUAUCUACUCCUGUUGCUAUAAAUAAAUCUGACAUCUGCAAUUUACUUGAAGAACUAGAUACUAAAGAAACUGAUAUAGUUGAGUUUAGUAAUGAGAAAAAUAAAGGAAAUCUCUGACAAA